CCUCUCUUCUGCUCUGCUCUCUUCGACAUUCCAAGGAGAGAUGUCUCGUCUCCCGCUGCCUUCCCCGGCUCGCACGGAGGCCACCACCUGCGGAUCUUUGCUCCAAGAACUGCAGGAUUUAUGGGAUGAAAUAGGGGAGAAUGAUCGCGAAAGGGACAGGACAAUACUACAGCUUGAACAGGAAUGUCUUGACUUGUACAGAAGAAAAGUAGACCAAACUAGAAAACACAAGGCAGAAUUACACCAGAUGCUGGCUGAUGGUGAAGCUGAAGUAUCUAAUCUAAUUUCCAUACUCGGAGAGCGAGAAACCUUUGUUCGGUUAGAGAAAAAAACAGGCACACUUAAGGAACAGUUGGCCAUGAUUAAACCAUUGUUGGAUGAUCUGGGACAAAAGAAGGAACAAAGGAUCAAGGAAUUCCUGGAUGUUCAAUUGCAAAUUGUUAGGAUAUGUGCAGAAAUAGCUGGUAGCAUCCAUCAAGGAAGUUCUACUUCUGCUCAGGUAGACGAACGGGACUUAACUCUUAAAAGACUGGGAGAGCUGAAGUGCCAACUUCAUGAGCUUCAAAAAGAUAAGAACCUACGCUUGCAGAAGGUUGAUGCUUACAUCAAAUUGAUUCAAGAUCUAUCGUUGGUGUUGUCAGUCGACUUCUAUAAAAUGAUAUCUGGAGUCCAUCCUAGUUUUGGUGAUUCUUCAAACAACCUGACAGAAAGCAUAAGUAAUGAUACUCUUGCUAGACUUGCAGGAAUUGUUCAUUCACUAGAGCAAGAGAAACUACAAAGGUUACAAAAGCUACAAAACUUGGGGAGUACACUUGUUGAGUUAUGGAAUCUCAUGGAUAUGCCUAUGGAUGAACAAAAAAGAUUUGACCAUGUAACCUGCUUGAUAUCAUCAUCUGUCGAUUCAGUACUUGGGAAAGGUUGCCUUGCACUUGAAUUAAUUGAUCAGGCUGAACAUGAAGUUGAAAGAUUGAAUGUUCUAAAAGCAAGCAAGAUGAAGGAACUUGUUUUAAAGAAGCAAAAUGAGCUUGACAAAAUUUACAGAAGUGUUCACAUGGAUGUUGAUGGUGAAGGAGCAAGAGAAACACUUAUUGGUCUCAUAGAUUCUGGGAAAGUAGAUCUCGCUGAACUUCUCUCAAGAAUGGAUAAUCAGACUGUGAAGGCUAAAGAGCAAGCUCUAAGCAGAAAAGACAUUUUAGAAAAGGUGGAGAAAUGGACAUUUGCAUCCGAGGAGGAGAAUUGGCUCGAUGAUUAUGAGAAGGAUGAAAAUCGCUAUGCUGCUGGUCGAGGAGUGCAUAAGAAUCUUAAACGUGCAGAAAAAGCCCGGAUACUGGUCAACAAAAUACCAUCUCUGGUAGAGAAUCUGGCUUCAAAAAUAAAAACCUGGGAGAACGAAAAGGGAAUGCCAUUUAUGUAUGACAAGGUGCGAAUGCUAGAUAGCUUGGAAAAUUAUGUCAAACUCAGGCAGCAAAGAGAAGAGGAGAAACGACGAUUCAGGGAAAGGAAGAAGCUGCAGGAACAAUUUGCAACAGAGCAGGAAGCUCUUUUUGGGAGUAAGCCAAGCCCAAUGAGGCAGUUUCCAACGAAGAAGCCCUUGGGCCAAAGCUCGAGUGCGAACAUUGCUUGUGGAACGCCAACUGGCCGCCGUGUCUCAACACCAUUUGGACGGCAGGGGAUCAUGUCGUCAGGUAAGGAGAAAAAAGGUGGAAAGGGGAGCGUAGUUACACCAGAUAACUAUGUUUCCCUUCAAAAGGAUGAUUCUGUGUCUCACAACUCAUCAAUCUUAUGACCUUGAAAGUAGUAGCCUCCGAGAAUCCUGGUGCUGAAAAUUUAAGAUAGACGUUGUAUGACAGUUUUGAGUGUUAUUGUUCUUGACUAACACUUUUAUUGUGAUCACUGCCUUUGGAUUCUACUGUUCUGUGCUGUUUCCACACCCA